UUUCUCCGUUCUCAGUACCACAGUCGACUUGGUUGGAGCACGUUCAUCAGCCCCAAAAGCGUGCGGACGAUUUUCUUCCCGUUGUUGUUGUUGUAGUUACUUGCGCGUGGUUAGUCAUAACACGGAGAGGGAGGUUUUUGUGUUCGAUUCGCCACCCUUACCCACGGGUCCCGUGUGCGUGUUUUUCGUGUAGUGCGCGUUGCCAAGGAGCGUGCUGUUGGACUGUUUUGUUUCCUGAGCCUCCGAACCGAACUCCGGAUACGGAUACAUCGGCAAAGUGUUAGUGUUUGUUUGUUGGUGCCUGCUGCAGAAACCCACAGAACAUUGAAGCCAGCCGUGUAACAGUGGGUUCGAACACAGUUCCUUGCAGCCGCCAUCGUGUUUGAUGCGAGUGAACCGGUAUGACGCAUGGACUCGAUGAUGCGCAGUGUGCAACCGUGUGCAGUGCAAGGCCCGGUAGUAACGCGGCUCCAGAUGUAACGUAACCAACCAAAGUGCGCAAAUACAACCAAAUACGCCAAAGAAGGACUGGCCGUGCAAGUGUUUUGCGAAGGAAUCGUGCGGCCGAAAAUCGCAACCCAGUGCUAGUUUAGGGAAGAUGCUUGUUGAUGCUGUAGUCCUCAGCGAUACGGUAACACAGUCCGUGCAUCGAUCAUCGUCGGCUAAGAAGCAGGAGAAGAUUCGUAACAGCAGACGGAAAAAGAAAGUUGUGUACAGCUAACCCGUCCGUCCGUCCGCGUGUGUGUUUAUACGCCUAAACUUGUACUUUUGUUCUCAUCGCCUUAAAAAACCUACUACUACUACUACGCUACUACUACCAACAUCAUCUACCUACCUACUACUAAGCCUACCUUCUCUCUAACCACCAUCACAACCACCAACACUAUCGCUUUGUACGUUUUGCUGACCAAGUUGCCGUGUCCGGUGCGUGGUGCGCGGACAGUCGAGUGCAGAGAAACUCUUCUGUUUUUGUGCCGAUCCGAUCUAAUAAUCGUACGUACUCGUAACCCAUCGUCAUAUUCCCUAUCCGCAUAUGGAUGCGCACAGCAAAUUGAAGCCCACCCUCGAGGACUACAUCCUAGAGAUGGAAACCCGGCCACCCGACAGUGGUCAGGUGACGGAAAAGGACGUGUGGGCGCAGCUACACCAAAAGGAGGCCGAUCUGCUGCUGGCGGCCGAGCUCGGCAAAGCGCUGCUGGAGAAGAACGAGGAGCUGAAGAAGAACCAGGACAAGCUGAUCGAUGACUACUCGGCGAAGGUUGAGAACUUGGAGCAGGAAAAGUACAUCCUCAAGCGACAGUUGGAAAUCAGUUCGAGCGAAAAUGAGGCAAUCAUACUGGAGCUGCAGGGCGACAUCAAGCAGUUCAAGCAGAAGCUGGAAGCGCAGGAGCAAAUCAUGCGCCAGAUGGAACGGGAGAAGAACAUGCUGAUCGAGGAGCUGACCGCCCAAAACACGCGGCUAUCGAACGAGCUACAAAAAUCGAACGCCACCGAGCAGCAGCUAACGGCCCAGCUGCAGGAGAUCAAGGAGCAGUGCAAUCGCCGUACGCUCAGCAUACAAGACCACGUCAACAGUCUCGAGAGCCUGAAGAACGAGCUGCGGUUGAUUCUGGAGAAGAAGAACGAGCUCGAAAAUCGGCUCCACAUGACGGUGAACGAGCGGGAGAACCUGUCGAUCGCGCUAAACGAGGCGUCCGAAAGGAUACACAUCCUGGAGCGAAGUACCAAGGAGCAGGACACCAAGUACCAGAUGACGGUGCAGACGCUCGACCGGUUGGAGCGCGAGAAUGGGACGCUCAGCGAGCGGUUGGAGUCGUUCGAUUCGCAACGAUCGUUGCACGGCGAGCUGCAGCACCAUUCCUCGCUGCUGCAGGAGAUGAAUGGGGAGGAGGAGGGAGCGGGCACGAAGGACGAGGCCAGUCAUCUCGUCGUCAAGGAGGCUCAGUCGGUGUUCAAACAGCUAAAGACCCUUUGCCAAACACUGCGCAGUACUCAUCACGAUGAUGAUUCAGGACUUCACUCGGACAUGUCCUUCUCGUCGCUGGACAACACGAUGGCGUCCGUGUCGAUGGCGGCCCCCAACUCGGUGACGGAAGCUACCAGCGCCAGCAUGACCGUGAAUGACAAGUUCAGUCGCGGGAUGUUGUCCGCCGUCGCCGACGAGCUCGUGCACAUCAUCAUGAACCUGGACGCGAUGCAGUUCAAGACGAUGUUCGAGCAGACGCGAUCGAUGUUGAUCGAGCAGGAGGAAGAGAUGAAGAAGAAGAACGACGUCAUUAUGCAGCUGGAAAGCAAAUUGUCAGUACGGGAGGUUGAACUGCAGAGCACGAUUGAGGAACGCAACCAGGCCCGGGAAGAUGCGUCCCAUUCGAGCUUGGCGCAGGACGAGACGGUUGUACAGGCCCGCAAGGAUCGCGACGCAGCGAUCGAGCGCCGUACAAAGGCCGAGGUCGAGCUGGCCAAGAACCGGGUCGAGCUGAUGCAAGCGAACAGUCAGCUGCUCGAAGCUAUCCAGCAGAAGGUGGAGCUGCUGCAGCAGCUGGAACAGUGGCAGAUCGACAUGCACGAGCUGAUCGAGGAGCAGAUGAAGAACAAGCUGAUCGAGUCUAGUACAAAGCCGCAGCAACACCAGCAGCAGUCGCAGCAGUCGUCCGGCGCAUCAACGGCCGGCGGUCGCAAAAGCCGUCUGCUGGAUCUGUUCUACCACCGAUGAAGCUGCUGUGGUGUAGAACCCAGGCGGAAGAGCGUUGAAUUAGGCAAAAUCCGAUCGGGAAAAGCAUCCAAGCGAAUGUAGCAAAGGUUCACUGAUGCAUUUAACUUACGAUGGUGGUGUAAAGCCCGAAUUCCUUUGGACGCGAAUCCGAUCGUACCUCGAGUAGAAUGGACAUGUGCGGUGUUUUCCAGUACUGCCUCGCCACUACAACCUCACUCCUUCGACCAAAGGACCGGAAGGAGUUCCUUGUCGUCUUCGUCACCGUGUGGGACUGCUUGUGCCGCUUGGACUAACAGUGGAUGGAGGCGUUAUAUGGGGGGCCCUCAUUUUACCAAGCAAACCACUAACAUCACACACCGUUGCGGUAGGAGUCAGAGUUGGAGCCUGUGACUUUCGUGACAGCUAGACGCCGUUGGACUAGAGUAAUUUUAAUUUUAUUCCGUUACAUAGACAAAAAGAGCGGUAUUCCUGCCUUACCCCCGGAUUAACCUUUAUGUGUCGCUAACCAAAUCUUAUCGUUAAAACGUAUCACACGAGAGUGUCGAGUCGAGAAGCCCCAGAGAUUCUAGUGCACGGCGCAGCGUGUACGUGUACGGCGGAGUGCACAGAGUGUUGUUUUCAGCUAGCACACACUCCACACACCAUACACAGCUGUGUGCAAAUGUGAUAGGAAGUUGAGAAAAUGCCACGGCAAACAGUGUGGGCACGCGUAGCAGAAGAAUGCUUGGGACACACUAAACAAUGCACGGAACAAUUGAACGGUGGCCUUUUCGUUCGAACGCAAGUGAUACACACUGAGCUGCUUUAUUAUGCGAUAAAUAACAGUGAGAGAAGUUACUAAUGUGAAGCAUCCUAAGUAAACGUAAGAGAUGAACGUGGUGGAACGUUGUUUCCAAACUGUGCAACUGUGUGUCGGACCCCGUUGGGAGACCGAUGGAAGCGGAUGGAAGCGUAGCGUAAAAUAAAUUUUCUACGAACGUUGAAUGCUGCCCGCACCGGUCAGGUGGAGCAGAUUAUUGGUGCAGCAGGACAAUGAUUAAUAUUUUGUAUAUACUCGUAUUACAGCUACAUGUGAAGAAUAAUUUAACAAUUUUUAAAACGAAA